CAAAAAGAAAGUUAUUUUAGGUUUUGUUUGAAACAAAACGAAAGUUUACGUUUGUAGGCGUUGUUUACCAGAGUCAUAACGACAGAAUACUUAUUUCAUUUGAUAAUAGGUCCGUCUUGACGUCGUCAUGCAGUCGGCUAAUGGAGUAAUUUCAGGGGAUCAUACAAUUGUAUUCUUUGAUUUGGAGACUACUGGUCUAGACAUUGCAGCAUGUGACAUCGCCCAGCUGUCAGCCAUCAGUGGAGGGAGGAGCUUCAACAUGUACACUCUCCCUCGCUGCAGCUUCUCAGAUGGAGCGUCUAGAGUCAGCGGGCUCACCGUCCUCGACCACACUCUGCUUCUCCAUGGCCGACCAGUGGACACGCUGCCCCUCAGAGAGGCCCUCUCCUCCUUCAUCACCUUCCUCCGGUCCUUCCAUCGACCCCUGCUGACAGCCCACAACGCCAAACGCUUUGACUGCCCCAUCCUGGCCAGGGCUCUGGAGGAAUGCAGCCUGAGGCAGGAGUUCCUUCAGGUGGCGUCUGGUUUCCUGGAUACCUUACAGAUGAGCAGGGAUCUCACUCCCGGGCUGGAAAGGUACUCGCAGGUCUUCCUGGUUCAGUUUUUUCUCGAUAAGUCCUACGAGGCCCAUAAUGCAAUAGAGGAUGUCAAAGCCCUGCAGGAGUUGUUUCACACCUGGAGACCCAGUGAAGAGAUGGUGCUCAGGUUCAAGUUCCCCCUGCAGCAGGUGUUACAUACUCCUGAGAGAGUUAGACCCUGACAGGGGCGCAGGUUUGAUUUCAAAUGUGGGUAUGGACAGCUUUUUGGAUGCGGCCAUUAAAUGUAAUGUUCUUAAUAAACAGUGUAUGUAGUGUAUAUAAUGAAACCUAGAACCCUGGUCAUUGACUCGUGCACUUGGUUAGACUACAGGAGGUCAAAGUGAAACAGACCAAAUGCUUUUGUUCUGUUGUCAAACAAGGACUAACUAGUUUUCAAAAUGUAAUAUAGUUUUGUAUUAGAUAUUUUCUAAUUUGAACAGGAUUUGUAACACAAUUUGGUCAUGACACAUUGCUGUUCAAUCAUGUUGGCAUAUACAAAUGUACCUAAAUAAAAAACAAUAAUC